UUCCAAAACGUAUGAAUAUUGCUUUAACGUUGACGGUAUGCAAUUAGAUCGUUCAUGCAAGGUCGACGACAUAAGGGGCAGAUAAAUUUAGAACUCGUACCCUCUCUUAGUAGAAAAGUGUAUUUCUUUUCUACGACAUUUCAAGAUUCGUCUAAAAAUAGUAUAUACGGUUAUAACUAGUUUAAACUCAGACGGAGUGCAACCGACCGAUCCUUCUCUUCCCUUUUCGAUGCAACUGCUUAGAAAAUUUAAUGUACUAUUCGUCCUACUCAAAAAUAUCUGUUUUAACUUGAAAGAAAAAUAUUUCUAUAAUAUACUUUUCUUCCAUCUUCGGAUAACUGAAAAGUGAGAGAAUAAGAGAGAGCAGUAUUUUAUAUGUACAUCUGAAGUAUUCGCUUGUAACAUACUUUCUUUCUCUCUCUCUCUCUCUCUCUCUCUCGAAUGAGGCCAUUCACAUAGCGUUUACCUUCCACGAAUCAAUACUGCAGAAGUUUCAAUGAUCUUAUAAGAUAGCGCUACGAGCAAUAUAACGCUUUCUCUGCAUGUGCAGGACAAUGGGGAAAUAUUCUCAGAGUGAAUAUAACCUUCUUAAAAUCUUCCAAAUCGGUAGUAAAUAAUGUUAGCAAUCGUAUAGAUCUAUACGAUUAAUGGAUAAAUUUAUUUGUUAAAUUUGUAAAACAGAACAAAUAUGUAUGCGAAAUUACAAGAUCUAAUGGGUCGAAAAGACCGACCACGAUUACACAAAUUCGUACAGAAUGUAAAUAUAGAAGAACUUUGCAAAGUAUUAUGUGAUAAGAUUUAUAGCGCAGAUAUAGUAAAAGUGUUGGAUGAAAUACUACAAGCAUUUUGUAAUGCUGAUAAAUUUUCUGAAAACAAAUUAAAAGUAGUGAAAGCCAUACUAAAAACUCUAGGAAGUGCUAAAAUUAAUAGUAAUAACGCAGAAGAAAUCAUCAGUCUUAUAGCUAUGGAUUUUCCUAAUUUUUCAAAGAAUUGUCUAAUUCAAUUAGUACAAUUUUCUACUUCUAAUAUUUAUUCAAACGAAGAUAAUUUCUACAGUUGGAAAGAUUUAUUACCGGUGUUACUAGAAAUCUUAGAACAAGAAAAAUAUAUUGAUUAUAUGAAUUCAGAAGUCACUGGAAGUGAAUAUAAGAUGCUUAUCGUUAAAUCCAUAUGUAACAGCCAAUGGGAGCCUAGCAUUGUACCAUGUCUAGCGAAAAUGUUUGGAGACAUGAUUCUGGAGAAAAAAGAUCUGAAUGUGGUAAUUAUUGCAUUGUGUCAUAAACUUUGCAUGAUUGCUUUAAAUGAAAUCCCACCUUUUGUAUAUCAGACUCUUAGAUUAUGUAGUAAUUUUAGUUGUAUACAUUUGAUUGUAUCACUGCGUAAAUAUUUUGCAUCGUAUUAUUCAAAUGCAAAUAGUAAAGAAAAAGAGAAUAAUUUAGACGAUAUUAGUACAACAAGUUUAAAAGAAAUACAAGAUGCAGAAAGUAAUGUACUGUUUCACAUACAUCAUGCCACACAAUUACAUUAUAAAUGUAUAAAAGAUUUGAUACUUGCAUUUAAAAAAUUUUCUAUAGUACCAGAAUAUGUAUUAGAACCUUUCAUUUUAUCUACGAUAUUUAUAAUCUCCAGUGUACAUGAAGAACAGGUUUUUGAAAUGCUUCAUCAGACGAUUUUAAGAAAAAUGCAAGAUGAUGAAAAAUGUAAGAAUAGUGCUUGGUUAAAAUCUUUAAUGAAUAAUAAUUGUGAUAUUAUGAAUAUUAUAGAUCAAGUUAUAGCAAAUAGUGAUAAAGACCGUCAUGUUGUAUUAAAAGGAAUUAUGGAGUUAGGAUUUGUGCUUAUGGAUACAGAACAUACAAUUGGAAAAGUUAAUAAAUAUCCAACACAUAAUAUUGGUAUACAGAUACUUCAAAGAUUAAUGAAGAAAAGACAUGAGAUAUGUGGAUCUGUACUUCAAUUAUUAACUGAUAAAAUAGUGGCAGGUGGUUUGUUAAUAUCGCAGUACACAGAUUGUUUGGCAUAUAUGUGCUCUAAAUUAGCAAUGAAUGUGCUCGAUUUUCAAACUUAUAUAAUUACUCUUCUUGAUCAAUUGCUAUGUGUACCUGGUACUGCAGCUGUACAAAUUCUUUACGCAGUUUUGCCAUUGAUACAUGUUUCAUCUAAUGUAAAAGACAAUCUUAUGUUAUCAUUGAGAAAGGCUCUCUAUAGAAAAGGAAUAUGUACACGUAAAAUGGCAGUAACUGGUUUUCUUGAACUAUUAAAAAUGUUAAAAAUGAAUUUUAGAAGAAAUCUUUCAAAUGAUUAUUCUAGCAAUUCCUCCAUGUCUAUUACAUUAUCUAAUUCAACAUCCAUAUUAACUCAGGUAACUUUAGAAAAACACAAUAAUAUAGGAAAUAAUUAUGGAUGCAAUAAAAGAUUAUGUGUUGACAUAUUAAAUAUAUUAAAAAAGUGUUUUACUCAAGAAUAUGAAGUCAGAUCACAUUUAUAUGAAGGAUUAUAUGAAGUUGUAAUUAAGAAUCCUGAACUAUCGGAAUACAUAGUGGAAAUAUUACUUGCUCAAUUGAAUCUUUAUUUUGAAAUAGAUGAAAAUGUAUUACCUCCAUUAAAGAUUGAUCUAAGUGCUGAUAUAAACGAUAUACAAAUUGUUCCAAAAGAGCCUAUAGCCACAUUGAUUUCUGUAUUACAAGCAAUUUAUAUAAAAACAGCUUUAGAAGAUUGGGAAAUUUUAAAUAAAGUUGCUAUCAUUCUAGAGUCACUGUGUAUAAGGAUGGCACGAACUGAAACGGAACAUUUAAAUUUGGAUGAUACAAUGAAUUUACUUGAUAAUACACCAAAAUCACAACAAAAAUUACAUAAUUUAAAAGAAAUGAUAGGCGUAUAUGAAUCUUUAAUAUCAUUCAGAGUUAAUUCCUGGGUUAAUGAAAGUAAAAAUAUAGCAAAAAGUAUAUAUGGUCUUUUUAAAGGAUAUAAUAGGUUAAUGGACAUUAUUAAGAAUAUAAGAAAAAAGAAGGGAAACAAAAAUAAAAAAAAUAAAGAUGCAAAUAACACUACAUUUAAGAAGAAAAGCCAUUCAGAUAUUAUAAAAUUGCCAAAUGGAAAUAUAAGUUUAAACAUAGUGUGUAAAAUUUUAGAACUACAUUAUUUAGACAAGUGGUCAGACAAUGAUGAAGCUAAGAUUUUAAGAUCACAUAGAGACUUUUAUCAUUAUAUUUUACAAAGUUGCAUUUCUACUUUUCAAACAAUAAUAUUAUUAAGUAUACCAGACUUUGAAAAACACAAAAAACAAUAUAUAAAAGUGUAUCAUAAAAUUGGAGAAUUACUCUAUAAAAAUGUAAUUUUGGAAUUUAGAAAUGCAUUUAAUGAUGAUCAACAGGGAACAUUAUUAGCUUUACAGUGUUUUAAGGAAUAUUGUUGUCUAAUAUGUUCAAAGUUUUCUUCUCAAUUGCCACAAUUUCUUUAUAGUAUGUGUAAUGAAAAGCCAAUGGAAAGUUUUAAUAUGCAAUUGGAAACAUUUAUUUUGUCUUUCAAAGCUCCAUUGAAAAUUUCUUUCGAACAAGAUUCUGAUGAGCCUGAAUUUUAUAAACAAAUGUCGUUAAUACUUUUAGAAAUUAUACAACAAUUUGUGCAUCAAUUGAACUUUCAUGAAAAAAAUACUAAAAAAAUUUUUGAAUGGAUUAGUAAAUGUUCACAAAUGGAAGGCAUCAGUGUUUCUGCAGCUAUUUUGAUCCUUCAAAUCCUUUUAUGGAUAGAAGAUUGCGAUAAAGACAAUGGAGAAAUAUUAAAUGAUAUUUGUCUGGAAAUAUCAGAGAAACUGGGUAUGAUACAUAAGAUUGAAACAUCAAAAAAUGAAAAAUAUAAAAUUAUAAACGAAAAUACAGUUGUGCAAGCUUAUAGCGUACUUAAUCAUUACAUAAAAAAUAAAUUAGAUAAUGUGUCUUGGUUUUUAGAACGUUUGAAAGCUGAACUUGCAAUAAUGAAUGUUGUUAAUAUUAAUAAUGAACAACAUGCAGAAGAUUUAGUAGAAAAAGAACGCAGUUUAUGCAGACAAUUGUCUUAUAUCAUUCAAAUACUUUAUACAUUGGCCAACAUAUCUAUCGAUCCAGGUCAAUCUACCAACUCGAUAUUUAAGAACUUACAACAAUUGUAUAACAUAUUGAGUAAACUUACUAAAUAUUUUUAUAAUAAAUCGAGCAGUGGAAAUGCAGCAUUUCAUGCUGUUAGGUUUAUUCAGGUGAUACAAUUAGCUGGAAAACCAUUAAAAUCUACUUUUUAUAAUUUAGUAACCCACAUAGAGGAAAGUCAAAGUAAAGACAAAAAACGAUUAAAGACAGAUACAAAUAUACAAAAAAAUCAUAUUUUAAAAGAAACUAAAUUAAUACCACGUGUUGUUUAUGAAAUUGAACAGUUUAGUAAAGAAGUACUGCUCCUUGCAAAAAAAACAGGGGUACCUUUAGAAAAUUAUAUCAAACAUAGCGUAACACGUGAUUUCCGAAUAUUAGAUUCACGAUUAACAGAAUCUCUUGAACAAGUAGAUGUCAGUAUGUUAAGCACGCAACGCACUAAUGUCACAAAUAUAAAUAACAGUCUUACACAUGAUUUGGAUAAUAAUUCAUCAUCCAUAACAGAACAUUCUUUGACUGAGUCAUAAAUAGUUUUUAGAGGCUUUUUAAUUUGAUAAAUUUUAUUAAAUGAACAAGUAUUAGAGAAUUAUAUGAGAUAUCUUGAUUUUAUUUUUAUAUGUAUGAUUUAAUAAAAUUUAACUCCAUAUUUUUAUAAUUGAUAUGAAAAUGUAUAUUAUUAUUUUUUUUUUAAUUAUAUAAAAUAUAAUUGAGAGCAAGAAUGUACUUAAACUGUCUAUGAACUUUUUUGCCGCAUUAUUAAUUCAUGUAUUGUAUGUUCUCAAUGAAAUAAAUUAUUCAUGUUGUGAAAACUUUAAACAAAAGGAAGAGGAUACACUAGGAUUAUAUGUUCUUAAUUAUAAAGAUCUGAAUUAAAAAAAUAUUAGCAAUUGGAAAAUUAAAAAGUUGAGAUAUUCAUGCCACGAAAUCAAGUGGUCUAUUGAAACCUCCUUUCCUAUUCAUGUACUGUCUGUACUUUCUUUUUAGAAUAACAUGUACUGCGCCUACAUCAUUUCCUUCUACCUUCUUACCUUUGGUGGUAUCAAAACCACAAAACCCCAUCAUUCUCAUCAUCUCUUGUUCUUCCGGUGUUUUUCCUUGAAGAUCAGCCUCUAUAAGAAAAACCACGCUUACCAUAAUUACUGAUAUUUAUAUAAAAUAUAGAAAAAAAUAUGUUUUUAUUACUACUGUAAAAUUAUUUUUAUUCUCAUUAUACCCGUGAUAACAGGACGUUCUGCAGUAGAUAAUUUGGCUCUCGGCUUAGGUCUGUCUCGUUCUCUAGAUCUAGAUCUACUGUAUGAUCGUUUAUGUCUGUCUCGAUCACGAUCUCGUUCUCUAUCUCUAUCUCUUGAUUUUACUCUGUCACGUUCUGCAGAUCUACGAUGAAAUCGACAUUAUGUUAACUUUUAUCGAAUAUAAAAAUGAUAAAAAAUUGAUCUGUUAUUCUUACCAUUUUUGUACAUACCUCCGACGUCUUUCGCGAGAUCGUCGUCUUCGACGAUCUCUGUCGCGGUCACGUUCCCUGGAACGAUCACGUCGUCUUCCAGGCGACGGGGUAUGACUUCGACCCAUUACAUUUGUAUUUUAAAUAUAAAAUUGUUAAAACUGUUUGCACGACAUUAUAAAAAUCUUUAAAGAAAAAUAUAUAGACGUUUUAAAAUUUCUAAAGUGUACUGACAGUAUGCUAAAAGGUUAUGUACAUACUAUGAAAUAUUUAUAAAAUAGUAUAAUAUUGUAUCAUGUACAAAACAAACAUAUUUCUAUGAUUGCGUAGAUAAAAAUAUUUAUUUAUAUUUUCACUUAGUCAAAUAAUUAACGAAUACAUUGAACAUUUGAAGGCGCUAUUUACUGCUGCUGCCGUUGACCUUCGUUUAUGUUUUUGUUUCACGUAGUAUACUACCUGUUAGCGUCAUCAACGCAUAUCGUUGCGUAUUGCGGUUUUGUUUUAACCAAUCGCAAGAGGUGGUGAGGAUAGCAACAACCAAUCAGCGUACCCUGUAACAGUCGAUCACGGAUGGUAUAAAGAGCCACCGCGGCGCAUCUUCGCGCAUUAUUCGUUGGGUGUUCGACGAAAGUUGUCGUUUAGUUGUUAGCUGAGGCUUCAUUACUUGCUUUCGCCAACUAUCGACCGACUAAGUCUGACGAAUUCUUCUUAGAUUUUUAUCAACGAAAA